GAAAGACGAACAGGCGCCUUCGCCAAUGAAUGGGGAGAGGGGGGCCGUCCUUGCUAACCGCCCAUACGAGCUCAAGGGGGUACCAAUCAGCGCAGUAGGAAGCCGAGGCCAAAGUUUGAAUCUUCGGCGGGAGGUCUGAUGUCUGUACGGAAAAAACUUCGGCUUUUGUUUGAGGAGCCCCAGGUGGGCGGCACGAUCACAGUAGAGCAGGCAGGACCCGAGACGCGGCCCGGCUGCCAAGUCCAGCGAAGCCCAGCGAAGCGGGAGAGCCGCGGGGAGCGAGUUCCGGGCGCUCGGGGACUCAGGCUGGAAGACUGCGUUGUCUAUCAGUGCCGGCGCUGCCGGGUCGUAUUAGGAGACUCGCUCCACUUGUGCGCGCAGGAGGAGAAACUCCGCCUUUUUGUUUGUUUCAAGGUCACAAAAGAUGUUGUUGUGGAAGACGACUUGAUGGUCUGUGUUGAAGGAGACCUUAUUGGUUGCACUUACAACACAUUGCAUUGUCAGUCCUGUCAACUGAAUAUUGGCUUUAUCCUCUAUAGUUCAAAGUCACUGGCUUACCUGCGAGGCCUCUUCUGCCUUUCUAAGGACAAUAUCACAUGUUACUUGCUACAAACUACCGCUACAGUAGAAGCUUCAAAAGUAACCUGUCCUGUUGUGAACCUAAAGGAACAUGUAGAGAAAUUAAAAAAAAGUCUUAUAAAAGUUCACAUGCGCAUGGAAUUGCUAAUUAAAAAACUAGAAGAAUUCAAUCAACAAAGGAUUACAUCCGAAAAGGAGAGCUGUAAAGGAAGACCAUAUGAAAAUACAAAUAGAAAGCUGAAUGGUUAACUUUUUAGAGUUACCUAUCUCAACUAAUUGUUUUUACAAUUACUUAUGUUUGUAAUUGAAAAUGUAAAUUAAAAUGGCUUUACACUGGCAAAUUGGUGAUAGUUUCCCUUCCUAGCGCAUUCAAGGGCAUAUAGUGUCUGAGCAUGAAUAGCUAUCUCAAAUCAUUUAACUCGUAAGUGUAAAUAUUUCUAUAUAUUCUCACAAAAAUCUUAAAACAUUGAAUAACCGUCCUAAGAUUGCAUUGUGAACAUAUUGGAAACUGGAUAGUCUACUCUAGAGAAAGUUACGUCGCCUCAGGACUCAGCUAUAAAUUGUGUUCAGCAACAUUAAAAUUGGUCAAAAAAUAAAACAUUUGAAAUAUCAGAUUAGCAUUUUAUUAGAAACAUUUUUUUGAUUGUGGGGAAACUCUUUACAAAAUCACUAAUAUGCAUUGUAAUCUGUUCAUUGUAAUCUGUUCAUUUAUCAGAAGGCUUGGGGCCAGAAAACUCAAUUUCCUGGUUAUUGUACUUUCAAGAUUGAGAUAUAGGUUGCAGUGGCUGUAGUAAAAAAUUUUCAGGAUGUAUAGGAUUUCUAUCAGCAAAAUAUAAAAAAUUGUUUCCUUUGAGUCAAAUUGAUCAAUAUCAAUCUAGUCAGUAGAAACAAAUGCUUGGAGUAUUUCUGCAAAACACCCUGAGGUAAUUUACUUAUUGCUGCAUAGUUUGGAAGUAACCGUUACUCCAAUGAAUAUAGGAGCUCUGAAUAAUUGUAAUAAUUAUGUAAUAGUUAUCUUUAGAUAACCAAUUUUUGGUAACAAACUCUUUCCAUUUCCUUCUGAUUUUUGUGAACAUUCAGAAGCUUGUCUCUCAUGAAGAUGACAGAGUCUGGAGCUAUUCUUUCUUUUCAUAACCAUCAGUUUUUACUUCAGGUUAACUCAUGCUAGGAAUAACAUUUCUGUAUUUGUACAGAGAAUACACACAAGAACAACUGACCAGGUUUAAAAUAUACAACUCAAUGAUUCUUUAACAUAUCCCUUAUAUACUGAAGGGAAACAAGAGGAUUUUGUACAUUUAACUGUGUUUCUAGGAAGAAAUGACACAGACAUUUUAGUGCAUUCUCAGCUCAUGCUGCUUUAUUGCUAAAAAAUUAUAUACAAGUGCAGAGUUUCAAAGCUCAUUUUUCAACAAUUAUUGUUUACAGUGUCAAAAGAAUACAUUUAACACAUUCUUUCCCUUCCCCAAAUAUGCAUAGAUAUAAAAGCAAGCUGCCAUCUGGAAAAUAUUAGAUAUAUACAUAGACAAAUUGUUCAUAUUGAUACUUAAUGAAUAUAAGGGAGUAGAUUAUAUGUAGCCUCUUUCUUGUCUUUUCUUAUCCAGAUGAAUUUAUCUCUUAGUAAAAGAGAUAACCUUUGUAGGUUAUCUUCUAGACUGAACUUUUGCUACCCAUUCUUCCCAGUUUUCAAACACUAGAAUAACAUUUUAUUUUGAAAAAAGUAUAUCCAUUUAGUAGCCCAGUCUUAAAUCCUACUCUUUAGCUGAAAUACAUGCAAACAAUCUGUAAGAAAAGUCAAUUUUGGAGGAAAAAAGUUAGAAAUGAGAAACUGUUUAUUUCAGUUGUUAAAAUUGUUUGCAAGACUUCAAUCACAGCUUCAGUCGAUCUAGUAAUAUGAAGUUACUCAUUACCGGCAAAGAAUGUUCAGAAAAAUAUGGUUGGAAAUAUGUAUAACUGGGAAAGUUACAAAAAACAAAAAAUGCAUAAAUAUACCUUAACAAAUGUUUAUACCUAGACAACAGGUCAAACUUUGAGAUACACUAGUUUCAGAUAAGCUAAAACUGCCUUUUUGCAAACUAGUAUAAUUAAAGAUUCAAACUCGAGAUUUAUUUUUAGCACAUCUUAAUAGGAAAAGUGUGUGCCAACACAGACUUUGCUGCAACAGAUAUGCUGCUAUAAUAUUUCUAUUAUCUACAUGUUCUACACCUUUUUUCAAAAUUGAGUAUUCUUAUCAAUCCUCAGUCUAGCAGGUCAAUACAGCUACCCCCUAUUUAAAUAUAGCUUGAAUGAAUAAUAGUUAACUAUUUCCAAUUUCCAUAAUGUAUCAUUAUUGCUGGUUUCAAACCAGUUCAUUUUAAUCCAGCUGCCAAAGUGGUGGGAAAAAACCUGAAAAGCUACACCUGUCCUAGAAAGAAUUAAUACCUGAAAAAUAUGGACAGCUUACUCAUUUUAAUUACUCAUUGUUUUUUAGCCACAACAGGCUCUGGAUAUAUUUACUAUCUCUACUUAAAAAUAACCACAAACCCUAAACUGCUUAGAUCAUUUUUAUUGCCCCAUUUGGAAUUUAGGUAUUCCCUUUUCUGCGCUCUGAAACUCUGCACCUUUUUUGUUUGUACAACUGCAGCAACCAAGAAACCCAACUUGCCAUUAACCAUGUUCAUAUUAUGUAGGCUCAUGAGCUGCUAUGAACUUGGUAAGAGGCCAAGAGGGUUUAUUCUACUGAUUCCUUUUUCUAAUACACAGUUUUGGCGUCAUGCUUCGUCCCUUCUUUGUACAUUUUGCCCCUUUACUAAAGAGGCAGCAUGUUGUCUAAAAAAAACUGAGAAUCAAAGCAGUAAAUUCAAGCUAUUGGUAUAUUGGUUCCUAUUGCUUCAUAAUGUAUAAAUGCAUAUAUCAAUUUACUGAUAAUAGCUAUAACACUAUACAUUUUAAUCAUGCAUAAUUAGAAUACUAUCUCUAAAAAAAGACGGUUUGUGAGUCUAUGUGCUUGUGCCAGUGGUUUUUCCCACACAAGUAUUCCAUUCUGAUAGCUCUGUAAUAUCAUCUGUCUUCACCUGCAUGGAAAAGGAUUGAACUAUCCAGUCCUUAAGAAAUACUACACUUUAUGGAAUUUUUGUUGUGCUGUGACUUAGAAAACUUGGAAAUUCCAUCUAAAACCAGCUAGGAAGUGCUCAGAUUCAAAGCCUCCAUCAUUCAUUUCCCAU